ACUGCCCUGGCGCCCUCCUCGCCCACCCUAUGGCCUAAGCGUGUCUUUUAGUAUAUUUUAAAAAGCGGAUUAUUGGCAGUGGGGACGUAGGGCGGCAAAGACUCAUUUUCGCCGGGCGCACAAAUUAGGCCUGAGCUGCGGAGUCAAACCCAUUCCAGCCGUAGAGGGCUCAGGGUGGCGCGGAUUAGGGGAACUAAACGACGAUGAAGGCGCCCGGGGUUCGGGCGGCCAGCGGGGAGGCAGAGGCCGGCCUCAGGAGCCCGCGGAGGCCGGGCAGGUGCCCCUGGGCUCGGAGGCUGAUUGGCAGGUGCAGGAGUGGGUGGGGAAGGCGGGGGCUGGGCCUGGCGCUGCGGGAGGCUGCGGCCCCGCCUCCCCGCCCCCGCCCCCGCCGCGGGACUAUCUGGUCCCGGCAGCAGCGAUGUCCCCCGGUAGGAAUGUCCCUCCUCAGAUAAUGUUAUUUAUAUCUCUGGGCGGGUCCGCGGCUCGGCAGCACCAGGCGCCCGGCGGCCGCUGUGCCAGGAGCCCUGCGCUGCCCUCCUCCCCCUGCGCCGCCGCCGCCCCGGGGCUCAGGGUGGCCGCCGCUUCAGUCCCAGCGCAGGGACUCUUCCAUGAAGACUGAGGCAGGCGAGCUGCUGAGAAGAGCCUGCUGACAUGACAUCGGCCACGGAGUUUGAAAACGUGGGCAACCAGCCACCAUACAGUCGGAUCAAUGCCCGCUGGGAUGCCCCAGAUGACGAGCUGGAUAAUGACAACAGCUCAGCCAGGCUCUUUGAGAGGUCCCGGAUCAAGGCCUUGGCAGAUGAACGGGAAGUCGUUCAGAAGAAGACCUUCACGAAAUGGGUGAACUCCCACCUGGCCCGCGUGUCCUGCCGCAUCAGUGACCUCUACAAGGACCUGAGAGAUGGGCGGAUGCUUAUCAAGCUGCUGGAGGUGCUGUCUGGAGAAAUGCUGCCAAGGCCCACCAAGGGGAAGAUGCGCAUCCACUGCCUGGAGAAUGUGGACAAGGCCUUACAGUUCCUCAAGGAGCAGCGUGUGCACCUGGAGAACAUGGGCUCCCAUGACAUCGUGGAUGGCAACCACCGCCUGGUCCUGGGCCUCAUCUGGACCAUCAUUCUCCGCUUCCAGAUUCAGGACAUCGUUGUCCAAACUCAGGAAGGUCGUGAGACACGCUCAGCCAAGGAUGCACUGCUGUUGUGGUGCCAGAUGAAAACAGCAGGUUACCCCCACGUCAAUGUUACCAACUUCACCUCCAGCUGGAAGGAUGGCCUGGCCUUUAAUGCCCUGAUACACAAACACCGGCCUGACCUGAUUGACUUUGACAAUCUGAAGGACUCCAAUGCCAGGCAUAAUCUUGAGCAUGCAUUCAAUGUGGCCGAGCGCCAGCUGGGCAUCAUCCCACUCCUUGAUCCAGAAGAUGUCUUCACAGAAAACCCUGAUGAGAAAUCCAUCAUCACGUACGUGGUAGCAUUUUACCACUACUUCUCCAAGAUGAAGGUGCUGGCAGUGGAGGGCAAGCGUGUCGGCAAGGUCAUUGACCACGCCAUGGAGACUGAGAAGAUGAUUGAAAAGUACAGCGGGCUAGCCUCGGACCUGCUCACCUGGAUUGAGCAGACCAUUAGCGUCCUGAACAGCCGCAAGUUUGCCAACUCAUUGACUGGCGUCCAGCAGCAGCUGCAGGCCUUCAGCACCUACCGCACUGUGGAGAAGCCACCCAAGUUUCAGGAGAAGGGGAAUCUGGAAGUUCUACUUUUUACCAUCCAGUCCCGGAUGAGAGCCAACAAUCAGAAAGUGUAUACACCCCAUGAUGGGAAACUAGUGUCUGACAUCAACCGGGCCUGGGAGAGCCUAGAGGAAGCCGAGUAUCAAAGGGAGCUGGCCCUGAGGAGUGAGCUUAUCCGGCAGGAGAAGCUGGAACAGCUGGCACGGCGCUUUGACCGAAAGGCCGCCAUGAGAGAGACAUGGCUCAACGAAAACCAGCGUCUUGUGACCCAGGAUAACUUCGGGUAUGACCUGGCAGCCGUGGAAGCCGCCAAGAAGAAACACGAGGCCAUCGAGACAGACACAGCUGCCUAUGAGGAGCGGGUGAAGGCCCUUGAGGACCUGGCCCAGGAGCUGGAGAAGGAGAAUUACCAUGAUCAGAAGCGCAUCAUGGCCCGGAAGGACAAUAUACUACGCCUUUGGAGCUACCUGCACGAGCUGUUGCGGUCCCGGCGACAGAGGCUCGAGGCUACCCUGGCCCUGCAGAAACUCUUCCAGGACAUGCUGCACAGCAUUGACUGGAUGGAUGAGAUCAAGGCUCACCUCUUGUCUGCUGAGUUUGGGAAGCACUUGUUGGAGGUUGAGGACUUGCUGCAGAAGCACAAGUUGAUGGAGGCCGACAUUGCCAUCCAAGGGGACAAAGUGAAGGCCAUCACUGCAGCUACCCUGCAAUUCACUGAGGGGAAAGGGUACCAACCUUGUGACCCCCAAGUCAUCCAGGACCGUGUCAGCCACUUGGAGCAGUGCUUUGGAGAGCUAAGCGACAUGGCAACUGGACGGAAGGUCCAGCUGGAACAGUCCAAGCGGCUCUGGAAGUUCUUCUGGGAGAUGGAUGAGGCUGAGAGCUGGAUCAAGGAGAAAGAGCAGAUCUACUCCUCCCUGGAUUACGGCAAGGACCUGACCAGCGUGCUCAUCUUGCAGCGCAAGCACAAAGCCUUUGAAGAUGAGCUCCGUGGGCUAGAUGCCCACUUAGAGCAGAUCUUCCAGGAGGCUGAGGGCAUGGUCGCACGCAAGCAGUUUGGGCACCCACAGAUUGAGGCUCGUGUCAAGGAGGUGUCAGCCCAAUGGGACCAGCUGAAGGAGCUGGCUGCCUUUCGCAAGAAGAACCUCCAAGAUGCAGAGAACUUCUUCCAGUUCCAGGGUGAUGCAGAUGACCUGAAGGCCUGGCUACAAGAUGCCCACCGGCUGCUCUUGGGUGAAGAUGUGGGGCAGGAUGAAGGGGCCACACGGGCCCUGGAGAAGAAGCAUAAGGACUUCCUGGAGGAGCUAGAAGAGAGUCAUGGGGUGAUGGAGCACUUGGAACAGCAGGCCCAAGGCUUCCCCCAAGAGUUCCGGGAUUCUCCAGAUGUGACCAGUCGUCUGCAGACUCUUCGGGAGCUCUACCAGCGGGUGGUUUCACAGGCAGACUUGCGUAGACAGAGACUGCAGGAUGCCCUGGACCUAUACACAGUGUUUGGGGAAUCAGAUGCCUGUGAGUUGUGGAUGAGUGAGAAGGAGAAGUGGCUGGACCAGAUGGAAAUCCCAGAUACCUUGGAGGACCUGGAGGUUGUGCAGCACAGGUUUGACAUCCUGAACCAGGAAAUGAAGACUUUGAUGACUCAGAUUGAUGAUGUGAACCUUGCUGCCAACAACCUGGUAGAGAGUGGCCACCCACGAAGUGGGGAAGUAAAGCAGUACCAAGACCGUCUGAACAAGAGGUGGCAGGCAUUCCAGACCUUGGUGUCCGAGCGGAGGAAGGCCGUGAACUCAGCCCUCCAAGUGCACAACUACUGUGUCGACUGUGAGGAGACCAGCAAGUGGAUCGUGGACAAGAUGUGGGUUGUGCAGUCUAUAAAGGAUCUUGGGCAGGACCUAGCAGGUGUCAUUGCCAUUCAGAGGAAGUUGUCAGGAUUGGAGCGGGAUGUUGUUGCCAUCCGGGAUCGUGUGGGUGCCCUGAAGCAUGAGUCUCAGCAGCUGAUGGAGUCACACCCUGAGCAGAAGGAGGACAUUGGGCAGCGGCAGGCAGAUGUUGAGGAGCUGUGGAAGGGUCUGGAAGAAGCCCUGCAGGACCAGGAGCAAUCCCUGGGUGAAGCUAGCAAGCUGCAAGCCUUCCUGCAGAAUCUGGAUGACUUCCAGGCCUGGUUGUCCAUGGCACAGAAGGCCGUGGCCUCUGAGGACAUGCCUGAAUCACUCCCUGAGGCCGAGCAGCUCCUGCAGCAACAUGCAGCCAUCAAAGAUGAGAUUGAUGGGCACCAACAGAGCUACAAGCAGGUCAAGGCCUCUGGGGAGAAGGUGAUCGAAGGGCAAAAGGAGCCAGAGUUCCAGCUUCUGGGCCAGCGACUGCAGGGCCUGGAUACUGGCUGGGAUGCCCUGUGUCGGAUGUGGGAGAGCCGAGGUCGCUCCCUUGCCCAGUGCCUUGGCUUCCAGGAGUUCCAGAAAGAUGCCAAGCAGGCUGAAGCCAUCCUCAGCAACCAGGAAUACACUCUGGCUCACCUAGAGCCCCCAGAGUCUCUAGAAGCUGCAGAAGCUGGGAUCCGGAAGUUUGAGGAUUUCUUGGUGUCUAUGGAGAACAACCGGGAUAAAGUCUUGAGUCCCGUGGACUCUGGAAACAAGCUGGUAGAUGAGGGAAACCUGUACUCAGACAAGAUCAAGGAAAAGAUGCAGCUGAUCGAAGACAGGCACAGAAAGAAUAAUGAGAAAGCCCAGGAGGCCACAGUUCUUCUGAAAGAUAACUUGGAACUACAAAACUUCCUCCAGAACUGCAAGGAGCUCAUUCUCUGGAUCAAUGACAAGCUGCUGACCUCUCCAGAUGCUUCCUAUGAUGAAACACGCAACCUUCACAACAAAUGGCUGAAGCACCAGGCAUUUGUGGCAGAGCUGGCUUCCCACCAUGGGUGGCUUGAGAACGUAGAUGCAGAAGGAAGGCAGCUGAUGGAGAAGCCCCAAUAUAAGGUCGUGGUAUCCCAGAGGCUGGAAGACUUGCACCGGCUCUGGGAUGAGCUGCAGGCCAACACAGAGAAGAAGACCCUGCAACUUUCAGCUGCCAGGAGCUCUGACCUGCGCUUACAGACCCACGCUGACCUCAACAAAUGGAUCAGUGCCAUGGAGGACCAGCUGCGAUCAGAUGACCUGGGCAAGGACCUGACCAGUGUCAACCGGAUGUUGGCUAAGUUGAAGCGAGUAGAGGACCAAGUGAAUAUGCGGAAGGAGGAGCUGGAGGAGCUGUUUGCCCUGGUGCCCUCACCGGGAGAGGAGACAGGAGAUGCAGACAUGAGCAUUGAGAAGCGGUUCCUGGACCUCCUGGAACCCCUGGGGAGAAGGAAGAAGCAGCUGGAAUUAUCCAAAGCCAAGCUGCAGAUCAGCCGGGACUUAGAGGAUGAGACGCUCUGGGUGGAGGAGCGGCUGCCACUGGCUCAGUCAGCCGACUAUGGCACUAAUCUGCAAACCGUGCAGCUGUUUGUGAAGAAGAACCAGACGCUGCAGAAUGAGAUCCUGGGCCACACACCACGGGUGGAGGAUGUGCUGCAGCGAGGAAAGCAGCUGGUGGUAGCGGCAGAGGUUGACUGCCAGGACAUCGAGGAGCGCCUGGGACAUCUGCAGAGCUCAUGGGACACUCUGCGGGAGGCAGCAGUGGGGCGGCUGCAGCGUCUGCAGGAUGCCCACGAGGCGCAGCAGUACUACCUGGAUGCGGGCGAGGCCCAGGCCUGGAUCAGCGAGCAAGAGCUCUAUGUCUUCUCCGAUGAGUCCCCUAAGGAUGAAGAGAGUGCCAUUGUGAUGCUAAAGCGGCACUCUCGGCAGCAGCGCACGGUGGAAGACUACGGGAGGAACAUCAAGCAGCUGGCUAGCCGCGCCCAGAGCCUACUAUCUGCAGGCCACCCUGAGGGGGAACAGAUAAUCAGACUUCAGGGGCAAGUGGACAAGCAAUAUGCAGGGCUGAAGGACAUGGCUGAAGAGCGUGGGCGCAAGCUGGAGAACACCUAUUACCAGUCCCAGCUGAGGAGGGAGGCUGAUGACUUGGAGCAGUGGAUUACAGAAAAGGAGAUGGUGGCCUCUUCCCAAGAAAUGGGGCAAGACUUUGACCACGUGACUAUGCUCCGAGACAAGUUCCGGGACUUCGCCAGGGAGACUGGAGCAAUUGGGCAGGAGCGGGUGGACAAUGUGAAUGCCUUCAUUGAGCGGCUCAUUGACUUGGGUCACAGCGAGGCAGCCACCAUUGCCGAGUGGAAGGACGGGCUGAAUGACAUGUGGGCUGACCUGCUAGAGCUCAUUGACACACGCAUGCAGCUGCUGGCCGCCUCUUAUGACCUACACCGCUACUUCUACACUGGCACUGAGAUCCUGGGCCUCAUUGAUGAGAAGCACCGUGAGCUGCCAGAGGACGUGGGGCUGGAUGCCAGCACGGCUGAGUCCUUCCACCGGGUGCACACCGCCUUUGAGCGGGAGCUCCACCUGCUGGGCGUGCAGGUACAGCAGUUCCAGGAUGUGGCCACUCGUCUGCAGACAGCAUAUGCUGGGGAAAAGGCCGAUGCAAUCCAGAGCAAGGAGCAGGAGGUGUCUGCUGCCUGGCAGGCGCUGCUUGAUGCUUGUGCUGGACGCCGGGCCCAGCUAGUGGACACGGCAGACAAGUUCCGCUUCUUCAGCAUGGCCCGUGACCUUCUCUCCUGGAUGGAGAGCAUCAUCCGGCAGAUUGAGACCCAGGAGAGGCCCAGGGAUGUCUCCUCUGUGGAACUGCUCUUGAAGUAUCACCAGGGCAUCAAGGCAGAGAUCAACACCCGGGGCAAGAACUUCAGCACCUGCCUGGAACUUGGGGAGUCCCUGUUGCAGAGGCAACACCAGGCCUCGAGGAGAUCCGGGAGAAACUGCAGCAGGUGGUGUCUAGGCGACAGGAGAUGAAUGAUAAGUGGGAGGCCCGCUCUGAUCGGCUCAACAUGUUGCUGGAGGUGUGCCAGUUCUCGAGGGAUGCCUCUGUGGCCGAAGCAUGGCUGAUUGCCCAGGAACCCUACCUGGCAAGCCGGGACUUUGGACACACAGUGGACAGCGUGGAGAAGCUGAUCAAAAGGCAUGAGGCUUUUGAAAAGUCCACAGCCAGCUGGGCAGAGCGCUUUGCUGCCCUGGAGAAACCCACCACACUUGAGCUUAAAGAGCGCCAGAUCCCUGAGAGACCUGCAGAGGAGCCUGGGCCUCAAGAGGAAGAAGGCGAGACGGCAGGAGAGGCUCCCCAAGGCCACCGUGCAGCCACUGAGAGAACAUCCCCGGGGGAAGAAGGGGGGCCAUGGCCUCAGGACCUGCAACCGCCACCCCUUCUGGGACAGCAUGAGGAUGUGCAGGAAGAGAAAUCAGGUGUGGAUGAGAGGCCUGCCACAGAGCCCCUCUUUAAGGUCCUGGACACACCUCUGAGUGAGGGUGACGAGCCCACAAUGCUGCCAACCAAGAGGGACCUUGGGCACAGCGUGCAGAUGGAGGGCUACCUGGGCCGCAAGCAUGACCUGGAGGGACCCAACAAGAAGGCAUCCAACAGGUCCUGGAACAACCUGUACUGUGUGCUCAGGAAUAGCGAGUUGACCUUCUACAAGGAUGCCAAGAACCUGGCCCUGGGGGUGCCUUACCACGGCGAGGAGCCCCUGGCCCUGAGACAUGCCGUCUGUGAGAUUGCUGCCAACUACAAGAAGAAGAAACACGUCUUUAAGCUGAGGCUGAGUAAUGGCAGCGAGUGGCUCUUCCAUGGCAAAGAUGAGGAGGAGAUGCUGUCCUGGCUGCAGGGCAUGAGCACCGCCAUCAACGACUCCCAGAGUAUCCGCGUCAAGGCGCAGAGCCUGCCCCUGCCCUCCCUCUCUGGCCCUGACGCCAGCCUGGGCAAGAAGGACAAGGAGAAGAGAUUCAGCUUCUUCCCUAAAAAGAAGUAGCAGCUGGUGGCCCCUGUGGGUGGGGCCGGCUAGGCAGGUACAGUGGUGAAUAAGGACAUGCAGGGACCAGAAGCCUGUGGCCUUGACCUCCACAGCAGCUGGUCCUCCUCCCACUUGCCACCUGCUGCCGUCACCUGCCUGCUCAAGUCACUGGGCCAACCCGGGGGCCCCACGCUGCACUGCAAUAGCUGCCUUUGCCAGGCUCGGCUCCCCGCCGCCUGCCAACAUGCCCUCCUCAUGCCUGCCACACAGCCAGCUUGGCUCCAAGGAAAGGGGCCCCCAGAUCCUCUGGGGCUGGAAAUGGUUCUCUGAGGCGCACAUCCUCAUCUCCCUGCCCCCAUAAAAGCUGGAGGCUGAUGGGGUUCCUCAAAUGCUGCCCACUCACACAAGUCUUGCUUGAGGUCACCACCCAUUUGGUCAUGGCCAGAGAAAGGGAGAGGGAAGAGGGACACUGGCAAUGCCUGAUCUGCCUCUUUGAAACAGGAGGAAGGAGUCUUCAGGUAGGCUGCCAAGCCCCAGCUCCAGGCAAAGGGCUGCUAGGGGACUGCAGGGACAAAAAGAGAUGCAGGACCUUGGGUACCACCAGCCCUCUUCCCACUGAGCUUCCUCAGAACUGGGACUCUGUUCUCAGGGCCAGCAUGUCUCUUCUUCUCCUUGCACCAGGCCAAAAAAAAAAAAAAAAAAAAAAAAAAAAAAAAAAAAGAGCCCCAGUUUGGUGAGUCCUGUCCAAAGGAGUCUCCUGCUGCCUCUGUGGAGUAGGGCGGACCAGCAGCAGUGGAAUCAUUCCUCUUGGAAAACCUUGGUUAGAGUUUAAGCCUUGGGGCUGACACAAGGAGGAACAGACAAGUCAGACACUACCUAAGGCUCUGCCCCUCCAUGCUGGGGCCCUGCCCCCACUCCCAGGGCAGCCAAAGCAGCAAUAUCUGGUAAAUAUCUGGUAGAUGUCAGGCCCCGAGGGAGCGAGCAGGUCUCAGAUACCAGCUGGGUACCCCAGCGGCUGGAGUAAAGCAUCCAAAGCCAAUGCCCACUGUGACCUGCCUGUUACUGACUGGACACAGUUUAUCACCUUGGGUGGCAGAUGUGGCCAAGCCUAGGUGUAACCACCAUGUAAGGCUAAGGCAACUACCCCUUGACUGCUGGGACAAAUGCUGUGAAGGUGUGGCCUCUUGAUCAGCUUCUCCGGAGGCCUGGUCUUGAGCUUGAGGGACUCACAUAGAUACAGCAACCAUGAAACAUUUAACCUUCCUUCUCCAAGCACCAAAAGGGGCUCUGCAGCCUCUGUCCCCAAGGAGAGCCUUCCUAUUCUUCUGGAUGGGAGAGGCCACUACUGGUCCCACAGCACUUGCCCCACCUCUCCACUCCAAAAGCAAUACGGUUCCAGCCCAGAUUCUUCACUGGGGUUAGUUCCAAAAGAGGGGUCAAGUUGGGGGCAGCAGGCACUGUCCCGGAAGAAGACCAUCAAGGCCCCCCAGGGCCUGCAGCCUGUUUCUGUUGCCUUUCCCAUAGGAAGGAGCUUUGGCUGUGUGUGGGCAAAGCUGGGGAGGCUCAAGGAGGAGCCACAGGGUAAGCAGCGAGUUCCAAGGCCUUCCCAGCAUCCCUCAGUGCUGACCAGGGCGGACACUCAAACAGUUCCACCCUGUGGUGCCCACACUUGUUGGCAAGAGGCCAAUUCCUGCAGUCAGGAACCACAGGAGGGAAGAGAUUAUUCAUUUUAGCCUGAGAUCCCAGAUCAGGUGUCCUGCCUCCAUAGCCAGGGUCUUUUGGCCUCAACAAGACCCUAUAGCCUUCUGCUUCCACAGGGAACCUAGAGAGUCCCCUCCACCAGCUUGUUCUAUAACUGGGAGACAGCAGCUAAUUGCUGAAGGGUAGAGAUGGCAAGAAGCUUCUUUGGGUGUCUCCCUGGGCCAGUCAUUGGAGGGGCCAAGUUUCCACCCUCCCCCUCCACAUGUGCUCAAGUAGCACCUGAAGUGAUGAAUUUCCAGCAAGGAAUUCAGAGCCAAGACAGAAAAGGCUCCCCUUGAAGAGCUAGGAUUUCUCCACCCCAGGUCCCAGGAUUGGGCAAGGGCAGCCAGCUGCAUGUGAUCCACCAUUACCGCCAGCUCCCCAAGCAUUUUGCCCUUGCCACCCAGGCCCCAAGACACUCUCAACUGGGCUAACUCUGCAGGCUUUGGGAGGUCCUGUGCCAUUCUAGGGCUAGGCUCUCCUGCUGCCCUGGCAAGGUUUAUUUAACUCCCUACAUUUUCUACUCUGCAGUCUUUUCCUUGACAAUAUUCCCAAACUGGGUUAACACAGCUCCAGUCCACACCAGCAUAACAGGCUUCCUCCCCAGGGCAGUUAGAGGAAGCUCCUUUUGGGCAUGGUCAGGCAGUCCUUCUUCCCUCUCCCUGUAGUCCCCAGCCUUAGCUGACUCUGGCUGAGGGAGGAAUGGAGGGCCCUGGAGCCCCCCCACCAUACCUCCACUAGCAUCUGUAACAGAAGGCCUGUGUAGGCUCAGCUUCCCCUUCCCUCCACUCCUCCUUUCUGCCUGUCAGAGGGCAACAGUUCCCCUUGGCUGGACCUGGAUCCCCUUCCUCCUUUAGUGGGAGGGGGCAGAGAUCCAGAGGAGGAAGAGGCCAGUGGGCCACAUGGCUUGGUUCCUUGAACAAGCAAGCUCAGGGAGAACACUAGAGGAGAGGUGGCUGAGGAGGAAUGCAACCCCAUUGGGCCUAGACCAUGCCAUCGGGGGGGGGGGUGCUGACCCUGGAGCCCGACUGGGCCUUGUCCACCUGCUCAAACGUGCUUCCACCAACCAGAGGAAACCCAUUUACUAGUUUUUCUAAUAAAUCAAUAAUGCUCCAUAUUUGUUU